AAGAGGAUCAUGGCCAAAGGUGAAACCAGCACCAACGUAGUCCCUUUUUACAAACUUUUCUCUUUUGCAGAUUCUUUAGAUCGUGCUUUGAUGUUUGUGGGCACAAUUGGCGCCAUUGCAAAUGGACUUACCACUCCCUUAAUGACUGUUGUUUUUGGAAAUUUAAUUGAUGCAUUUGGGGGACACACAAACCCCGAAGAAGUGGUUCAUGACGUCUCUAAGGUGGCAGUUAAAUUUGUAUACUUGGGUGUGGGAUCCUUUAUAGGAUCAUAUAUUCAGGUGUCUUGCUGGAUAGUGAGUGGGGAGAGACAGGCAGCAAGAAUUAGAGGUUUAUACCUUAAAGCAAUAUUGAGACAAGAUGUGAGCUUCUUUGACAUGGAAACUAAUACUGGCGAGGCCGUUGGAAGGAUGUCAAGCGACACUAUUCUUAUUCGAGAUGCCAUGGGCGAGAAGGUAGGACAGUUCAUACAGUUAGUGGCAUCUUUCAUUGGAGGUUUUGUGAUAGCAUUCAUAAAGGGGUGGCUUCUCACUCUUGUCUUGCUAUCUUCUAUUCCACCUGUUGUCUUUGCAAGUGCUUUGAUGAGUAUUGUAAUUGCAAAAGUGACAUCCAAUGGACAAGUUGCAUACUCUGAAGCCGCCAGUGUAGUAGAGCAGACAAUUGGUUCUAUACGAACGGUUGCAUCAUUCACCGGAGAGAUGCAAGCUCUAGCUCACUAUAAUCAGUCUUUAAUAAAAGCAUACAGGAGUGGUGUGCAAGGGGGAAUUGCUUCUGGUUUGGGAUUUGGUUCAGUUUUACUUAUUGUUUUCUGCACUUAUGGUUUGGCUAUAUGGUUUGGUGUGAAAUUGAUACUAGAGAAAGGAUAUACAGGAGGCAACAUUGUCACCAUAAUUUUUGCAAUAAUGACGGGAUCCCUUUCUCUUGGGCAGGCAUCUCCAAGCCUAAGUGCUUUUGCUGCAGGACAAGCUGCAGGCUUUAAGAUGUUUGCAACGAUUAAUAGGAAACCAGAUAUUGAUGCUUAUGACACUACAGGUCAAGAACUUGUUGAUAUUGUUGGAGAUAUAGAACUGAGAGAUAUUUGCUUUAGUUAUCCUGCAAGGCCAGAUGAGCCUAUAUUUAAUGGAUUCUCUCUUUCAAUACCAAAGGGAACAACUGCAGCUUUGGUAGGGAAAAGUGGGAGUGGGAAAUCAACAAUUAUUAGCUUGAUAGAGAGAUUCUAUGACCCACAAGCUGGGCAAGUUCUCAUUGAUGGAAUCAAUAUCAAAGCCUUUAAACUUAAAUGGAUCAGACAGAAAAUAGGCCUCGUCAGCCAGGAGCCAGUUCUGUUAACUUGUAGCAUUAAAGAAAAUAUUGCCUAUGGUAACGAUGGUGCAUCAGACGAUGAAAUCAAAUAUGCAGCACAUCUUGCCAAUGCUUCUAAGUUCAUAGAUAAACUUCCCCUGGGGCUGGAUACGAUGAUAGGUCAGCAUGGAACACAGCUCUCUGGUGGUCAAAAACAAAGAGUUGCCAUAGCAAGAGCAAUUUUGAAAGACCCAAGAAUUCUACUUCUUGAUGAAGCUACAAGUGCCCUUGAUUCGGAAUCUGAGAAAAUAGUACAGGAGGCACUGGAUAAAAUCAUGACAAACUGCACUACUGUUAUUGUAGCCCACCGCUUGAGUACUGUAAGAAAUGCCACCACUAUUGCCGUCAUUCACCAAGGAAAAAUAGUAGAAAAAGGUUCUCAUGCUGAUCUCACUAAGGAUCCUAAUGGAGCCUACAGCCAGCUCAUUAGUUUUCAAGAGACUAAGAUUAAUGAGACAGAACAGAAUACUGCAGUUGAGACACACACAGAGGAAAUUGUUACAUAUUCUUCUACACAUUCAAGCCAACGAUUUUCUUUCUUACAAUCUGUAAGCCGAGUUUCAGGAGUUGGAAACAGCGAACUUGCUACAACAACCGGUGUCUUGGAAACAGAUGGAGGAGAACAUGAAGUGAAUCCAUCAGCAAAAUCACAGCCACCUCUGGAAGUACCACUCCACCGCAUAGCUUAUCUAAACAAGCCUGAGAUUCCAAUCUUACUCUUAGGAACAAUAGCUGCAGCAGCUAAUGGAGCAAUAUUACCCAUGUUUGGGUUUAUGCUCUCCAAAAUGGUAAACAUUUUUUAUGAGCCUGCAGAUGAACUCCGAAAGGACUCAAAAUUUUGGGCAUUAAUAUUUGUUUCACUUGGUGUAUCAUCCUGCUUAGUUUCUCCUUUAAGGUCCUACUUCUUUGCUGUUGCUGGUGAAAAUUUAAUUAAAAGGAUGAGACUGAUUUGUUUUGAGAAAAUAAUUUGUAUGGAAGUAAGUUGGUUCGACGAAUCUGAGCAUUCAAGUGCAGCACUUGGAGCAAGGCUUUCCACUGAUGUAGCUUCUAUUCGAGCUUUGGUUGGGGACGCACUUGGUUUACUUGUUCAGAAUGUAGCUACUGCAAUUGUUGGCUCGGUAAUUGCAUUUGAGGCAAACUGGCGUCUUGCUCUUAUAAUUCUUGUUUUGCUACCUCUGUUAGCACUAAAUGGAUAUCUUCAGCAAAAGUUUAUCCAAGGAUUCACUGCAGAUGGAAAGAAAUUGUAUGAGGAAGCAAGUCAAGUAGCAAACGAUGCUAUAAGUAGCAUUAGAACAGUGGCUUCCUUUUGUGCUGAAGAGAAGGUGAUGGAGUUGUACCAAAAGAAAUGUGAAGCACCGAUUAAGGCAGGCAUAAGGCAAGGGAUAAUUAGUGGCAUUGGUUUUGGGCUAUCCUACUUCUUGUUGUUUUCAGUCUAUGCAUGCAGUUUCUAUGCCGGAGCUAAACUUGUAGGAGAUGGUAAAACAUCGGUCUCCAAUGUUUUUUGUGUCUUUUUUGCUCUAAAUAUGGCAGCUGUGGGGAUCUCUCAAUCUAGUUCCUUGGCCCCAGAUUCAACUAAAGCAAAAGCUGCUGCUGCGACUAUAUUAGCUAUUAUUGAUAGAAAAUCAAGAAUCGACCCCUGUGAUGACUCUGGAUUGACACUAGAAGACGUGAAGGGGCAAGUUGAGUUUCACCAUGUAAGUUUCAAGUACCCCGCCAGACCAGAUGUUCAAAUAUUCAGGGAUCUUUGCUUGACCAUUUGUUCAAACAAGACAGUUGCACUGGUGGGAGAAAGUGGAAGCGGAAAAUCAACUGUAGUCUCAUUAUUGCAAAGAUUUUAUAACCCAGAUUCAGGUCGCAUUACACUUGAUGGAAUAGAAAUCCAAAAGUUUCAUGUUAAAUGGUUAAGGCAGCAAAUGGGCCUGGUAAGCCAAGAGCCCGUGUUGUUCAAUGACACCAUACGAGCUAAUAUUGCAUAUGGAAAGGGAAGAGAUGCCACAGAGACAGAAAUCAUAACUGCUGCAGAAAUGGCAAAUGCUCACAAGUUCAUUAGUAGUUUGCAGCAGGGGUAUGACAGCAUUGUAGGCGAACGAGGGUCUAAAUUAUCUGGUGGACAGAAGCAGCGUGUGGCAAUUGCAAGAGCAAUAAUGAAGAAUCCAAAAAUAUUACUACUAGAUGAAGCCACCAGUGCCCUUGAUGCUGAGUCUGAAAAAGUAGUUCAGGAUGCACUGGAUCGAGUAAUGGUGGACAGAACCACCAUUAUAAUAGCACAUAGCUUAUUUACUAUUAAGGGUUCAGAUUUGAUUGCAGUCGUUAAGAAUGGAGUCAUUACAGAGAAAGGAAAUCAUGAAACAUUGAUAAAAAAAGGUGGUGACUAUGCUUCCUUGGUAGCAUUGCACACGGUUGCAUCUAAAAUUUAG